UUGUUACAUGGGCUUUCGGAUGUCCAGCCAGAGCUGUUUCCGAAUGCCAUGGAACACCAAACCAUCGCACCUGAAGUCACAGGCUUAGGUGGUGAAGACGAGCCCACCCAGUUGUGGCUGGUGGCGCCUUUCCGUGCCGUCCAGGGCGAGUAUGUUCUGCAGAAAGGCCGAGACAACUGGAACCAGCCGCUCUGGCGUCAGUCCAAGGGCCCCUCGUGGCUUUUCAGCUCACCGGAUGGCUUUUGGCGCUUUGCGAACAACGACCUGGAGCUAGCCGAGCACCUGGGCCAUAUUCAGUCUUCAGAACCUCACGGUGGCAAGCUUCCGCAUCAGGUAGCGCAAUGGCAACACCAUGAUGGAAGUGCUUGGUAUGAUGACAGUGCCAUCAAAGUCACUACUUCUCCUGAAGAUUUCGAUGCACGACCCAAGGGCGAGGAGCUGAGCUCCUUAUGGUUGGUGGCUCCACGCUAUGCUUUGCUCCAAGGUGAGUAUCGCAAGCAGGAGGCCAGAACGGAACGUGGUCAGCCCGUGUGGCGACAAGUGAGCGGAGAAGGCUGGAUCUUCAGCAGCAGCAAAGGUCGUUGGAAUGUCACCGAUUUUGAGGAUGGCAUUGCGAGCAACAGCAGUGUGAUGGCGACGGCCUCACAGCACAAUGGCGAGCCGCCAUAUCGGAUUGAGCAAUGGCAAUUCUUUUGUCAGGGCUCUUGGCAGUUGGAUCCAAACAUCUUUGUGACGGAGAAGCAAGCAGAGGCCCAACGGCGCAUGGCUGAGCAGCAAAGGGAGGCCCUCAAGCGGACGGACCAUGCGCCCGAGAAGGUCUGGGUCAUUUGCCCGCCGAAGCCGAACCUUCAGGGAGAGUAUGCCAAGCAGCCGGCACGUGUCGAGCGAGGCCAAGCAGUUUGGCGACAGGUGGGAGGCAAUGGCAUCCUGUAUAGCAACGGCUUAGGAGGCUUAUGGUGUGUGGCGACCAAAGAAGCAGACGUCCAGAAGAACCUGGGCCUCCUGCAAUGUUCCACACCUCACUAUGGCCGUCCACCUCAUGAGAUGGAGUCGUGGCAAUACGCGGAUGGCAACUCCUGGCGCGUUCACGCGGACCUGCGUGUCACAGUGAACCGUCAGGAAGGCUUAGCAGCCCUGGCCGAACAGGAUGCGGAUGCCCAGCGAAGGGCCAAAGCGGCGCCGAAGCAACUCUGGCUGAAGGCUCCCAGCCGCAUAGCGCUAGAAGGUGAGUACACCAAGGUGCCCGAGCGAUUGGAGCGCGGUCAGGCUGUUUGGAAGCAACACUGCGGCCCUGGCUGGAUCUACAGCACCAGCGGUGGCCGGUGGUUCAUCACGGACCGUGAAGAUGGAAUCUCUGUUUGCACUGGCCUGAUCGCUUCGAUCACUCCGCAUCAAAACCAUUUCCCUCAGGAGACAGAGCAAUGGCAGGAAUACGUGAAUGGCGUUUGGCAGCCAUCACCUGCAGUGGCAGUUGUUGUUGAUGAGGAAUGCCUCAAGCUGCGGCAUUUGUCGUCCUUGUCCAUGGAGGAUGAUUUGCAGGCCAUGUCAGCUGUUCCAUCUUUGAAGAUGCCGAACAACCUUUGGGUCAUGUCCUCUGAGCUCUCCGAGUUGGAGGCUUCGGCGAAGCCAACUCGAAGCCACAUGUCCACAGGCCUGGCAAGUCUUUCAGCCGGCUACCCGAUGCCUGUACCCGCUUCGGAGUGCUACCUUCUGGGCAGGACUGCCACAUUCUCCAAGUUGGCUGCCCUGGGGCCGAGGGUGUGUCCUUCUCUACCCCCUGGCCUCGAAAAUGACCAGAUGGAGGUGCUCGAGAGUUUGAAAGCGGCGAAUCUCAUGCAUCUUGCUGGCUUGUUGGGCACGCCAGAGUACAGCAAGCCAAAGGCCGCACCAGCACCCAUUACAUCAGGACUUCCACUUCUUCUUUCCAGAGAGGAUGUAGCGAUUGGAAAGGUGGUGCGGAGCCAGGAUGGAGCAGAAGUGGUUUCGCGAUUGUUGGCCACAGAUGCUUCUGCGCCACCCUUGGUUGUAACAUCACUUCUGCCAGAGCUCCCCUAUUUGGCCAGCCAUCCCAAUGGCGCUGGCGUCAUCAGCGACCUGUUCGUCGCGUGCCGGAAAGCGCGAGACCACGGGAGUACGACGAUCCCAGCGAUGACCCGGCGCUUGCAAGGAUCUCUGUUGAGGCUCACGAAAGAUCGUUGGGGUUGCCGGGUGAUGCAGGCAGCAUUGGAAGAAGCCUCUCCAGAGUUUCAGCAGGCCUUCGCGAGUGAACUGCAAGGGAAGGCACUGAAACUCUGCCAACAUUUGCAUGCAAACUUUGUCCUGCAGAAGUACGUGGAGCUCUUGCCCUCUUCCGCGGGUGCAUUCAUCCUUCAGGAGCUGACGCCUCAUGCGCUGGAGGUCGCGGCGCACGUCUAUGGCUGCCGUGUCUUGCAGCGCCUCAUCGAGCAUUGCUCCAAGGAGCCAGAACUCAGCAAGCUUGUGGAGUCGCUGCUCGCGACAGUCCCCCAAAUUGAAAAGCUUCUCAAGGACCCCUUUGGCAGUAACGUCUUGCGGGCCCUGGUGGCACAUGGAACUGAUGCCCAGGUGAAGGUCAUUAUGGCGGCGAUCUCGACAAAUGUUCUCAAAUUUGCCAAGCACAAGCAUGCAAGCCUGGUGUUCGAACGAUGCUUAGAAGCCAGCAGCGAGAGAUCGGGCGAUUUCCCAGAACGUGAUUUGCUGGUCGAGCUCUUGUUAGGCGACGGCACCAGCCGUGCGCCUUUGGCGCAGAUCUUGCUGGAUCGCUUUGGGAACUAUUUGGCACAAAGAAUGAUCCACUGCUGCCGUGGCAAAGAGGAACCUAGGGUGGCCCAAUUGCUUGGGCGGUGCCUGCCAAAGCUCCAGCGCUCCCCGCAGGGGCGGCACAUCACCAUGGCAGCCACCAAGCGCUUCGGCCGCAUGCCGCAGCCGUCCGGGACGGUGAGCUCCACGGCCGAACGCAGCUUCGCGACCGACCGUGCCCAAGCCGGCGGGCGACCGCCUGCCAGCGUGGGCGAGGCCGGCCCAAAUUCAGGUUCUUGAGGAACGCGUUAUUGGAAC